GCUUCAUGCCGCCAUUAACUAGUAUGAACACCUAGUUUCAGAUUAUUCUACCCUGCCCCACAAUAUUAACAUCAUGCCCAAAGACGUGUACACCAACUAAAAUUCUCUUUCUAUGUAGCUUCUAUGCAUUUUUCCUGGGCAUCUGGAGCUCUGGAAAAUAGCAGCAGUUGUUGCUUUCAUUGUGACAUCUCUAUGGUAAAUGCCUGAAGCAGGGAGGCCUGUCAAUUCACUUUUUGCAGAUUCGGUGACAAGGAUUCAUUGUAGCUGUGGACUGUUUCUUGUGUUAGAAAAUGGAGGUGGAAUCAGAAAACCAUCAGUUGAGAGACACUAAUGCAGAAGCUAAGAAAACUACCGAGUCCUGGGUUACUUCAGAGGGAGGAGCAUUGCCCAUCAGUAAGACCCAGAAAGAGAAGUCAUGGUGGAGGAAUUUGUUAGAGUUUAUUGGACCUGGAUUUCUGGUGUGCAUAGCAUAUCUUGAUCCUGGAAACUUGCAGACUGACUUGCAGGCUGGUGCACAGUACAAAUAUGAGCUUCUCUGGAUCAUUCUUGUGGCAUCAGUAUUUGCCUUGAUUAUUCAAUCUCUUGCAGCAAAACUGGGAGUCAGUACAGGCAUGCAUCUUGCUGAACAUUACAGAGCAGAGUAUCCUAGGAAACUAAACUUUAUAUUGUGGAUGCUAGCUGAAGUGGCUGUUAUUGCAGCUGACAUUCCUGAAGUUAUUGGAUCUGCUUUUGCACUGAACAUGCUGUUCCGCAUACCUCUAUGGGCUGGGGUUCUUCUAACAGGGCUGAGCACACUUCUGCUUCUUGGAUUGCAACGAUAUGGGAUCCGAAAACUGGAGAUGUUUGUGGCUGCACUGGUGUUCAUAAUGUUAGGCUGCUUUAUUGGAGAGCUAGCAUAUGCAAAGGCUAAUCCCACAGAAAUCGUGAGAGGGAUGUUUGUUCCUGGGCUAACAGGAAACGGGGCAACUGGUCUUGCCAUUUCACUUUUAGGAGCCCUCGUUAUGCCGCACAACUUAUUUCUUCAUUCUGCCUUAGUUCUCUCGCGGAAAGUACCACCUUCUAUUCCUGCAAUUAAUUCGGCAUACAAGUAUUUUGUUGCAGAAAGUGCGAUCGCUUUGUUCGUUUCAUUCAUAAUAAAUGUGUCUAUUGUCGCUGUAAGUGGUGCGAUUUGUUCAAGGUCUGACUUACCGCCUGAAGACGUUGCAAGCUGUAGUGACUUGGACCUCAACAAAUCCGCAUUUCUUCUGAAAAAUGUUCUGGGGCAAUGGAACUCAAAGGUUUUUGCAGUUGCACUGCUGGCAUCUGGUCAGAGCUCAACCAUCACAGGAACAUAUGCAGGGCAGUAUGUGAUGCAGGGAUUUCUGGACCUCAAAAUAAAAACAUGGCUGCGUAAUCUUAUAACACGUUGCAUUGCAAUAGUGCCAAGCUUAGCGGUGUCCAUCAUCUCUGGAUCUUCUGGUGCUGGAAAGCUAAUUAUUAUUGCCUCGAUGAUAUUGUCAUUUGAAUUGCCAUUUGCUUUGAUCCCACUGUUAAAGUUCACAAGCAGCAAGACAAAGAUGGGUGCCCACAAAAACCCAAUUCCAAUUGCAGUUGUUGCAUGGAUACUUGGAUUAGGUAUUAUAGGCAUCAAUAUAUACUAUCUUAGCACAGGUUUUGGAGAGUGGCUGGUGGACAAUAAUUUGCCCAAGGUAGCUACAAUAUUUAUAGGGCUAAUUGUGUUCCCCCUCAUGCUUUUGUAUGUGGUUGGCAUACUAUAUUUGACUUUCAGAGCAGAAAAGAAAGAAACAUUUAUAGCACCUGGAGUCUUUACCCCAGAAACUAACAAUACCCCUGCUAGGGAACUUGAAGGCUACACAACUUCUGAAUUACACAACAAUCCAAGGGCUGACAUGCCCAUCCAUUAGCUUGCUUACCAAGAGCUUUCUGCAAGUCUUUUUCUGAGUUAUACUUAAUGGAGAAUACUUACAACUCAUCUCCACAUAGAAGAAAUCCAUGCACGAUUGAACAAGGGAGUUCUAAAUGUGGGAUGGUUUGAUCCUAGUGUGUGGCUUUGAGUAUAAAGUUAUUAUGUAUCCAUCCAAGAGUGUUGUAAUGGAGUUUACCUUUGAAUAAAGAUACUUUUUCUUCA